CUGCUGCUGCUUCUGCUCCUCUCUCUCAUCCUCUCUCUCCCUCUUGAAGAGAGAGAAGGAAAGAAGGAAAAAGAACCCAUCUUUCCUGCUCUUGGGUCUCCAUGGCGAGUUGGGUCUUUCCAGAAUGCGGUUUGAAGCCCCUCCCUUCAAUUCCGAGAAUGAGUACGAGAAUAAGAUGCCUUUCCUAUCCCAAUAGCUCUAAUUUCCGAAGAUCUGAUUUGGGUUUCAUCCCUUCUUUCAUCUACCCAAAUGGCGUUUCUUCAAAAAGAGUUCUUCGAUUGAAUGUGGCCGCUCCUUUGCGGGUCACUAAUGCUGGUGAUGAAGAGAGUGAAUUCGAUCCAGCUGCGCCUCCUCCGUUCAAUCUGGCCGAUAUCCGUGCUGCAAUUCCAAAGCAUUGCUGGGUCAAGGACCCUUGGCGGUCGAUGAGUUAUGUCGCCCGUGACGUCGUUGCUGUUGUUGGGCUGGCUGCAGCUGCAGCCUAUCUCAACAGUUGGAUUGUGUGGCCACUCUACUGGGCUGCACAAGGCACAAUGUUCUGGGCUCUCUUUGUACUUGGCCAUGACUGCGGGCAUGGAAGCUUCUCAAACAACCCGAAGCUGAAUAGUGUUGCCGGGCAUCUCCUACAUUCCUCUAUUCUUGUACCGUACCAUGGCUGGAGAAUUAGUCACAGGACUCACCAUCAGAACCACGGACAUGUCGAGAAUGAUGAAUCAUGGCACCCAUUGUCCGAGAAGGUUUUCAGGAGUUUGGAUGCUGUUUCUCGUAAGCUUCGGUUUACUGUUCCUUUUCCCAUGUUUGCAUUUCCUUUCUAUCUGUGGGUGAGAAGUCCCGGAAAGAAAGGUUCUCACUUCGACCCAAACAGUGACCUGUUCGUACCCAAUGAAAAGAAAGAUAUUAUCACCUCUACAUUGUGCUGGAUGGGGAUGGUGGCAUUGCUUGUGGGAUUGUCAUGCGUGAUGGGUCCUUUUCAGAUGCUUAAACUCUAUGGUGUGCCUUAUUGGAUUUUUGUUAUGUGGUUGGAUCUUGUAACGUAUUUGCAUCACCAUGGGCACGAGCAGAAACUACCUUGGUACCGUGGGAAGGAGUGGAGUUAUCUAAGAGGAGGGCUGACAACACUCGACCGUGACUACGGAUGGAUAAACAACGUCCAUCAUGAUAUUGGGACUCAUGUGAUACAUCACCUCUUCCCACAAAUACCACACUACCACUUAAUUGAAGCAACGGAGGCAGCAAAGCCCGUGCUCGGAAAGUACUAUAGAGAGCCGAAGAAAUCAGGCCCUCUACCAUUUUAUUUAAUUGGAAGUCUACUGAGAAGCAUGAAACAAGACCACUAUGUUAGCAAUACCGGAGAUGUUGUGUACUACCAGACCGACCCUCAAUUGUAUGGCGUCUCACAAAACAAGUAAGAGAACAGCUGCAAGGGCUAGUUGAAACGUGGGUCUGCUGCUGCACCUUCAAACCUAACUUGUUCAAGCUAGGAAUGCUACUUGGUUCUUCACAUUCUUUCUUGAUUUGAAAUUUCAGAAAAGAUAUGGGCUUAAAAAGACAAUUUGGGAGCCUCCCUCUUCUUCACGUAGGCAUCCACAUAAGCCGGUGUCAUCCACAUAAGCCGGUGUCUUCGAUAUAAGCUGAUCUUUUAGUAGACUAAGUAAUGUAUUUGUUAUUCCAGAAGAAAGGUUGUCUUCAGCAGCGAAUAGUAUGAUUGUUGGGUUGAUGAACUAGUGCAAGAAAAAAAAAAUUUAUUAUUUUU